AUUCUCUUUUUGCAUGCCGAACAAAAAUGGACAAAGCAUUCGAAAUACAAAGGCAAGCUCGGGAUAAUGUGAAGACAUUGCAAACUUAUUUAACCGAUUUACAAAACUGGGAAGUCGAAAUGAAACGCAAAGAGGCCGCGUUAAACGGUGAAUUAGAACAGGAUCUUCCACCAGUGAGGAGCAAGGUGCGUAAGGAAAAGCCGGUGCAAGUGAACAAGGAGGCCGGCAAACGCAUCAGGGCGUCCGACUACGGCGCGUGGGAAAAGUUUGAUGUUGACAAAGCAUGUGAAGAAGUAGACAUGGCAGAAGUGGGACCGGUGUCCUUGGACAGCAAGAAGAGUCAAUCCGUCAAGAUGGAGAAGUUGAGAGAAGAGGCACAGUAUGAGAAAGAGAGGGGAAACAACUUUGUGAAGCAGGAAAAGUGGGAUGAUGCCAUAGCGUGCUACAACCGUGCUAUAGAGCUGGUGAAGGAUGACGCUAUUUACUAUGCUAAUAGAGGUCUCUGCCACCUUAAGAAAGAGAGCCUCCAUCAAGCAGAAACAGACUGUACUGAGGCACUCCGCUUGGAUCCUACAUACGUAAAGGCACUUCAGCGUCGAGCCACAGCCAGAGAGAAGCUAGGGUCUUUGCGCGCUGCUUCACACGACCUCAACGAGGUCAUCAAGUUAGAGCCUCACAACGCUGCAGCCCGGCGUCAGCUGAACGCCAUCAAAGCUCGGAUGGGGACUAAAGGAGCUAAAUCCAAAUCAUCACCAACAUCAACACCUACAUCAGAAUCCAAUCCGAUAUCGAAAACCAAAGGUCAUCCUAAGAUCAUAGAAAUACAAGAUAGUUCAGUGGAGUUAGUAAAAGAGCUAUCACCGUUAGAGAAGUGGAGGGAUGGGAUUGGUGAAGAUGUGACGGUCAUUAAACCAGUGAAGAAACCGCCGCAUUUGAGAUCUAAGAGAGCACUGAAACAUGUACCGAUCCAAGAAAUCCUAUUAGGCAGAACUAUAGUAGAGAAACCAGCUACUCGUCUCAAAAUCAUUGAGAUUGAGGACAACCAAGCUCACGGUGACUCCAAUAACAAUGAUUCAAACAAAAUUAGCCAAAAAAGUGACAUUCAUUAUGACCAUGAUAUUGGCCACGGUGACCAAAGUGUUGGUCAUGCUGACAAAAGUGAAGUUAACAAUGAAUUUGCUAAAGUUAGUGAUCUGAGUGAGAAAGUUGUAGCUAAUAUGGUGCCGCCAGUGAAUAGUGUUCAAUUUAUAUUGGAGUGGAAGGGUUUAAGAGGAAAUGAUGCAGCUAGGAGUGAUUACUUAAGUAUAAUAGAACCAUCCAAACUACCGUCAAUUUUUGAAAACGCUCUCGAAAGCGACGUGCUCUCGGAAGUUCUUCAAACAUUACACAAUAAUAGGGAUAAAUUCAAGGACAAAACCAUUGGAGAAUAUCUGAAGAAUCUAUGCAGAGUGAAGAGAUUUUCGGCAUUAGCUAUGUUCCUCUCUAAUACUGAUAAGGAAUUACUAAACAGCAUGCUGUCUCAUUGCAAGGAAGUGGAACAUAUCAGUGACAGUGAAUUAAUGGAAUUGAAGAACAAAUACGAACUCUAAAUAGUUAUAAAAGUUAUAUCAUUACAGGUUCAAUAUUAUGUUUUAUUUUUUGUUUCAUCAUUGUUGCAAGGAAUUUUUAAUUGAACUCUUUAAUUUAAAGUUUUUUUGGAACAUAAGUAAAUUCUUUGUUAUUAAUAUCAUUAGCGAAUAAAUUGCAACUUAUUUUCGUCAAAAAUUGUUAGUAAACAUGUCCAUUCAUGUUAGUAAUCGUUUCUAAUAAAAAUUAAUUAUUUGUUUUGUUCUAUACUUUGUCAGUUUUUCAUGAUAUUUACAAAUAUGUAUAGUCCGUACAUUUUAAGAAUGGAUUCGCUAUUUUUGCUCUGUGUCAAUUGUCAUGGUCAAAAGUUACCCAUGGACGCAGGGACUGACCGUGAGUUUGUGGGGCCCUGGGCUAAUACUACUUGGGGGCCUGCCUAAUUAAUCAAUUAAUAAUUUUUUUUAACCCUCAACCCAAAAAGUGGGGUGUUCUAAGUUUUUCGUGUGUAUCUGUGUAUCUGUUUGUGGCAUCGUAGCUCCUAAACUAAUGAACCGAUUUUAAAUUAGUUUUUUUUUUGAAAGGUGGCUUGAUCGAGAGUGUUCCUAGCUAUAAUCCAAGUAAAUCGGUUCAGCCGUUUGAAAGUUAUCAGCUCUUUUCUCUCUUCUCUUUUCUAGUUUCCAUUUUAUAAAACGGGGUUGGGGGCCCUGUUUAGCCACGGGGCUCUGGGCUGUAGCUCAAAAAGACCUUAUAAAGCCGCCCAUGCACGGACGUAACUUAAAGGUCUUUGGUUCUAUCGUACUUUUGACUUAGCAGUUGACACAGCAGAUAUGGCGAGUUAUUUUUCAAAAUGCAUUAAGAAUAUCUAUUUUUAUUGUGUGGCAUUUUAUUCUACUAUACGUUUCUACUGAGAAUACCAUAUUUUUAUGUUUGAAACUUGUACCAAAAUUCUGCUUAUUUUUUUUUUUAUAAUUCGUGUAAUUUUAUUGGUUUUCUUCUAAAACAAAUAAAGUUAGUGGUAGACAUUAUAAUUUAUCGAGAAUUUUUGUUAUUGACGGUACAAGUAUUUCUUAAAUGUUCACAAGGAUAAUUAAUUGCACCCUUAGCAUAUAAAACAAAUAUGUAUAAAAACAUGUAAAAGAAAAAGACAAAAAGAUAGAUAUGAAUUAUAUGAAGGUACUUUUAGUCUACGGUAACAUAGAUAGAAUGAAAAUAAACUAUAAUUUAUGGAUG